CUUGCCAAAUCUUAGUAUACUUGUCCGUUUUAAUUAACUUGUAAUGUCUCUUUACCAGUUUGAUAUCUAUUUUUGCGGCGUGAAAUUGGAAUUUUUGUUAGAAAUAUCAUUAUUAUAAUGAAUGAUAUUGUUAAUCCUAAAAUGAUAUGGGUUGAAGAUAGGCAUUAUAGAAUAUAUGCAACAAAAAAUAAAAAUGAUACUACUUACAAAGAACCUCUCGAAGAAGAGGACAUAAAAUAUCAUCAAACAGAGAUGGAUAAAGAUGUUUUUGAUAUCAAUAUAACCAAAAAUGGUGACUUAUUUGAAAUGGAUUUUCAAAUACCUGAUAUAUGCCUUGGAUUUGUCAUUGGUAAAAAUGCCUCAAAUUUAAAGCGUAUUGAAAAUCAAACACAGACUCAAUUGUUGAUUAAUAAAGCAAAAAUAAAAAAAAAUCUAGUUGAUAAAACCAAAACAAUUAUCAAGGGCAAAUUAGAAAAAAACUUGAUUUUGGCGCGGAACAUGAUAGAACAGAGCAUCCAGAAAUACAGGAAUAUUUGUACGCCCACUCAUUUCGUAUCCUUGCCUUUAAAUGUCCCAUCCAUUCAAUCGAAUUUCGAAUUAUUCAAACAGGAGAUAUUGGAAAAAUAUGCUAAGGACAAAGGCAUCAACGAGCACCUAUUUCAAGCACCACAAAAAUUGCAUUUAACUCUGGUCAUGUUAAAAUUAUUGGAUCAAGAAGAGGUUGACAAAUGUGCCAAAGUUUUAAAAGAUUGCUACGAGGAUUGCUUAAAGAAAAUAAUAAAUGGGAAAGUUUUGCGGGUGAGGCUGAAGGGCAUUGAUUACAUGAACGACGAUCCAUCGGAUGUUCACGUUUUGUACGCGAAAGUUGACCCAUUUUCCGAUUUAGACAGAGUGCAGUCGAUAGCAGAUAUGAUAGUAGACAGGUUGGUCAGGGAGUGCAUCAUCGAAAAACGCCUGGAGAACUUAAAGCUGCACGCUACCGUCAUGAUUUCUCAACACAAGGAAAUUGACGCGUCAACGCAAAAUAUGCCAGAUGAAAGUCAUACUCGUAAUUUUAGAUCUAAUAAGCCACCUCCUAGAGAAUCAUUCGAUGCUAGAAAUAUCCUAAAAGAUCUCGCUCAAUACGAUUUCGGGGAAACGGAAAUUCCAUGUCUACAUUUAUCUAAACGUUUCGCUGUGGAUAAAGACGGAUAUUAUCUUCCUGCUCUAGUCCUCGAUUUGGAAUAACUUCAUUUUUUUUAUAUUUAAAUCUUAAAUUACAAUGCCCAUAUUUUUAAAACUAUUAUAUAUAUUUUUUUAAAAAAGUCUAUGUAUAUUUAGUAUAUUAAACUCUUAACAAAAAUAAAAUAACAGAUUUUAUAAAAAAUGAUUAA